CUACCAUGCCCAUGUGCUACCCAGCUAAACCAAACAUAGGGCCUGGUGGCCCGCUCCUUUGAGUUACCAAGCGGGUCCUACACCACGGCAUCCCAUCGUUGCAUCGCUGAAUGUUGACAUUUCAGACGUACCGCAUCGUACAUUUGUAUGCCCAUACCAUUCGAAAAAAAGAGUAUCCAAUCCAUUCCACUCCUCACUACACUCACCGAUCAAUUCAUGCAUUUUACGUUGGGCCAUAGGAUUUGAAUAGAUCGCCUGCACAGUGCACCUAACAAUCAACAAAACAAUCGUCGCUAUGGAGAAAACUCCAGAAUCAUUGGCGCAAGAGAUUGCUGCUAUGAGAGAGCAGUUGAAUAAAGUCAGCAAAGCAAUUAAUGCGUAUGAAUCAGUAGCUACUGGAAAUUUCGACAAGAAGGAUACUCAAUCCAAGGGAGAAAUCAGCCAAAAGCAUGUAGAACUUUUCAUGGAAACGGAUAGGCUGAUGAAGAAAGUGAGGGGUCCUGUUGAUAUGGUAUUUUCCAAUUUUGAAAAUGUAAGUCUAAAAUUGUCUUGCAACGAAAAAAUAUAUAUUGGUUUCUUCAUGGAGGGUAGUACACAUCACGAUGAAGAUUGCCAUCGAGUAACAACAAUAUGUGGGUAGAGCAAGGGUAAUGCAAGCUGACCGAAACUUUGUCACAUGUGAAUAGUCAGUGCAUUCAGGAACAUUGAGAACAGUUUUAGAAAUGGGUGUGUUUGAUGCUUUACCCAUGGAUGGAUCGUCAUCAAGUGCUACAAUAUUGGCCGAGAACCUGGGCGUAGAGAAGGAACUGCUUGGUAAGUCUUUGCAUUCCCCUUCCAGAUAUAUUCGUCAACUAAGUCUGGGUAAGUUCGAUUCAUGCGAGUACUCACGGCCGCCGGACCAUUCGCGGAGGUAGGGGAAGAAGAAUAUGCCCAUACACCAUACUCAAUGGUAUAUAUGGCCCCUGAGUUUAGGGGAAUCUUUAAGUUAAUGUCAGGAAACCCGCCCCGUCACAACCCAUCACAGCCCAUUACUUCAUUACUAUGCCAAUUUUCGUUAAGCACUCGUGUGAAAUGUUGCGCAAGUCACCAUUAGCCUUUCCUAAUGCGAAGAAAAUAGGUACGACGAAUACAACCUCGCCAACGCUCGAAUGUAUCAAUUUUUCCGCGAAAAUGGCUUCAAGAGUCCAGAAGAUCACCACGUCAAUCCAUAUUGCUUCGCUCACCAAACUGGCGAGAAAAAUAUGUGGGAGCAUAUCGAAUCGUCCCCAGAGCGCUUUCAAAAUCUAAACCUAGCCAUGAUGGCUCAGAGUGUAGCCACAAAUUGGACUGUUGGAAUCUUUCCAUUUAGAGACACGCUAAAAGAGGUCAAAUCCGAUGAAGAGACUGUGCUAGUCUUAGAUAUAGGUGGUGGGAGCGGUCACGUGACUAAACAGAUCAUGGAGUUCGUCAAGGGAAUUCCAGGAAAAGUGGUUCUGCAAGAACGAGAUGAGUUGAUUGAUGCGGUUGCUCAUACAAUUCCUGAAGUCGUGACGAUGAAGUAUGAUUUCUUCACACCUCAACCCAUUAAAGGUAUGGUGGAUCGCUCUCUUGCUUCAUGAAUUCUGUGCAUGUCUUGUAUGCGUGAUUGCUGAUACGAAAAAGGAGCCCCAAUAUACUAUAUUCGUCGAUGCUUGCACGAUUGGCCAGACGCUGAUUGUGUACGGAUCCUCAAAGUGAUCGCUGCUGCAAUGACGCCAGAGUUUUCAAGGCUUGUAAUCUCCGAGAUCGUUCUUCCACCAAUUGCGGCAGACGUCGAAGCAAGCUGGAUGGAUGUAACGAUGAUGGCGCUAAGCGGUUGUGAGAGAACGGAAAAGCAAUGGGUGACUUUGCUAACUCUUUCGGGCUUGAAACUCAGAAAGAUUCAUCAUGGUCCAGGGACAAAUUAUGCCGCAAUCGAGGCAGUCCUAGCGUAAAUACUUGUGGUAAUUCCGGGCAUUUAGGUUGCUAAAUCAUAGAGGCUGCCGGCAGAUAGAAGGGUGGUAUAUAGUACAGAGUAUAUAAAAUACAAGAGACUAUGCUGACUCUAAGUAUGUUCCUGCGAGCCAAACGAGUGAACAACCUGCUAAAGCCCAUGCGCCCACAGCUUUCUUUCCCCACCAAGAAUUGUCUACUUCUACCUUUGCAGCAC